AUGCGCGACCUCCUCACCUCGAUCUUGUUUCUCUUGAGUCUAUGCGUCUGCUAUAUCCAAUGCCAAUCGACCGAUAGUAAUGCGCUCCCCAAAUCCGCCGACAUUUAUCAUUGGGCCCUGGACCUCCCGCAGCCCUCACUCCUUGCGAAGAUAGCGUAUAACCCCGAAACGCUCGAAAGCAAAGUCCUCUCAUACACUCCUCCUUCUGAUUCCACACGCGACGGCGAGACAGAGAAUCUCUACAGAAUAGGGUUCUUCACAACUGCGGCAGACGGCUCGAAAAAAUGGGUUGGAAGUCUGGUUUCUCACUCUGCCUUGGGCACGCUGCAAAAGCAGAAGAAUGAUAAUAAUAAGAACAACAAGAAUGUGCUUCAGCUAUACCUCAGCAAGUCACAUCAACAUGAUUUGUAUCAUGUAUCUCUGUCGAAGAGUUCCUCAGCCAAGUCCUCGGAAUCUAUUGGUGUAGAGCUUGUAUAUCCAGACGCCGGCCCACUCCCCGAGCUAAACAAACCUGUUGUGCUCAGUCCGGAUGGCACGAAUACCGAAGAAGUCGUCGAAAAGACUUUCUUUCAAAAGUACUGGUGGGCAGUUUUGAUAGUAGCGCUUUUGGCAAUUUCGGGAGGCGGAGGUGAAGGACAAUGA